AUGUCGUCCGCAACUGGGGAAGCGGGCAGCAUCCAAAAGGGCGACCGGGUGGUGACGACGGGCUGUCAUCCGUUGGAAGUCGAAGCCGGCGAGGGAAAUGGCGGGGAAACCGGCACGCGAUAUGACCACAGCGACAUGAACCGCAUGGGCAAAGCGCAGGAGUUCAAGAGAAAUCUCCGGCCUCUCGCUGCCUUAAGUUUCGCAUCAGUCUUGCAGGCGACCUGGGAGUUCAUUUUAAUAUCCAACUAUGAAGGUCUUGAAGACGGUGGAAUGGCUGGCCUGGUGUGGACAUACGUGUGGACCUUUGUCGGAUUCGGCUUCAUCAUCGUCUCCUUAUCGGAGAUGGCAUCCAUGGCUCCAACAUCAGGAGGACAGUACCACUGGGUGUCCGAAUUCGCCUCUCCCCGAUACCAAAAGUUUCUCAGCUACAUUACCGGAUGGAUGUCCGUUCUCGCAUGGCAAGCUGGCGCCGCAUCAGGGUCCUUCCUGACCGGCACAAUCAUCCAAGGGCUCAUCAGCGUGCGCAACCCCGAUUACGACCCCAAGCGAUGGCAAGGAACGCUCUUUGUUUUCGCCAUGAUCCUGAUCAUCUACUUCUUCAAUGUCUACGCUGCCAGCUGGAUGCCACGGAUACAGAAUGCCCUGCUAGCCCUGCACACCAUCUGCUGGGUAGUCGUGAUUGUCGUCCUCUGGGCCAUGGCCCCACGCCAGUCCGCAAAGGCUGUAUUCACCGAAUUCAGCCUCUACGGCGGCUGGAACAACGUCGGGUUAGCAUUAAUGAUCGGGCAAAUAUCCGCCAUCUACGGAUCCCUUAGCUCAGACGCCACGGCACACAUGUCAGAAGAGGUCCGCGACGCCGGCCGAUACGUCCCCAUGGCCAUCUGCGGCGGCUACUUCAGCAACGGCAUCCUAGCCCUCGUACUCAUCAUCACCCUCAUGUUCGCCAUGCCCUCCGUAAAAGAUGCCUUAGAUGACCCAACCGGAUUCCCCUUCAUCUACGUCUUCAAACAAGCCGUCUCAACCGCCGGCGUCAACGGCCUCACCGCUAUAAUCCUCAUCCCAGUCAUCUUCAGCAACAUCCUCUUCAACGCCUCCACAGCCCGCCAGACCUACGCGUUCGCGCGCGACAGGGGCCUACCCUUCUCAAACUGGAUCUCAAAAGUCAAUCAGCACUACAAACUGCCCGUGAACGCCAUCGCCCUAUCAUGCAUCAUCAGCGGCCUUCUCUCCCUUAUUAACAUUGGCUCCGACACCGCCUUCAACGCCAUCAUCUCCCUAAACGUAGCAGCGCUCAUGUGGACCUACGCUAUCUCCAUCAGCUGCGUCAUGUAUCGCAAAAUCUCCUGUCCGGAGACGUUACCCCCGCGACGGUGGAGUCUAGGGAAGCACGGGAUCUGGAUCAAUGCGGUAGCCACAGUUGUUUCGAACAUGAACACUAGAAUAAUUGUGUCGGACAUAUUCUACUAUUGCCAACAACCGGAGACAACAGAACUAUAA